AUGGGGGAGCCCCAGCCUGGCAUAUAUCAGGACAAUGGGCAAACACCACAGCCGGAGCAGCCGUGUAGCCAGUCCAAGGAUGUGCCGGAUAUAUCAGCUUACUCUUCAGUUCCAAUCACGCACGUGCCAUCCCAGCCGCAGUUGCAUUGGGCGCACAGCACUCUGACGCAACAGCAGCAGGAGCCACAGCAGCAGCUCGCACCAGCAUCCCACCCAGAAGCACCGCAACAGCCGCAGUUACACUUGGAGGCUCAGCCUGUGCAGCAGCCACACGAGCAGCUCAGGUUGGAGCAACUGUCAGCGCAGCUACAGCCGCUACUGCAGCGACAGAUGUCAGGCGCCACAAAAUCUCCCGCAAGCGGAUCUCAAUCAGAGUCAACAUACAACCGCACUGCAGCUCGAUCACGGAGCUACACCCAACCAGGGAAGUACCGCGGGGUGAGGAAGCGAGGUGAAGGUCGGUAUAUUGCUGAAAUAAAGGACACGACUUUCGGAGUGCGCAAGUGGCUGGGGACGUUUGCCACUGCAGAGGAAGCUGCCCUGGCGUUUGAUCGAGCCGCAGUGGAGAUUCGAGGGACAAAGACGAAGCUUAACUUUCCUGAGCUGACACUGGGGGGCGAAGGAGCAGUAACCGAAGUACAGGGGGAAGCUGCUGCAGAGAAGGUUAUUGACAUGACUAGCUUGGGUGUGAGGGUGCGUGCCGAGCAGGUCACGGAGGGAGGCAUGAGCUCUUCGGAAGGAAUUCAGGCAGCGGGCCGCCAAGCUGUGGUGGCGGAUCAAGCGAUAUCGGACACGGACGUGGUUGGGUUGACGACAUGCGCAGAUAGCAGCACUGCCAGUGGAAGCAGCUCGAGCAGAGCUGGCCCUUCCACCUCGUCUGCCUCCGCGCCUGCAUCCAUCCUCUCCAUCCCUCUGGCCAUGUUUCUCCCUGGGGAGCCGUGUCCCAGAUUCAACACCAUCAUCCCUCGCGCUUCUGCACACGUGGUUGCUGUUGCUGGUGAUGGUGGCGUGGAGGAGGAAUGUGGACACGAGGAGUUCCUUCUGGAAGAGGUGGGCAGUGAAAGUAUAGGGCUUGUGCCUGGAGAAGGGAUAGUUCUAGAGGACAAGAUGCAUCAUGGAACGAAGAUUGCAUUAGGUGGAGGGCUUCAGAUAGAAAACCUGGAUUUGUAUUUUCAAACCCCUCACCCAUACGUCUCAAAUCAGAUGCCGUUUCCACAGCAGCAGCAAGAAGGGCGGUGGCAGCAGCAGGAGGGGCAGCAGCAGGAGGGGCAGCAGCAGCAGCAGCAGCAGCAGCAGCAGCAGCCGCAAUGGCACGGUCAGCCGCAAAUGGUGCUCGAGACAGAAUCCAUGCACCUUGAGCAAGCACCUCCGCUGGUUUCUGAGCCCUCACACCCCCUAAAUUCGUGGGCCAUCACUGCUGCCAUGCCCAUGGCUCACCACAGCAGCCCCCCAAGUCAAGUGUUGGUGCAUGUGGCAGCAGAAGCGGAGGAAGGUGACAGCGGCAGCGACACACGCAGAGAUGGCAUGAGCUUCGUUCAGCCAUUACCAAGGGCAGAGGGGGCCAGGAGGGAUUCUGACCUGGGUCCAGGGCAUCGACCUGGUGCAACACACAGCUCGUGGGACGAGAUUCGUCAUGUUGAUCAAUUAAAGCAGAGUGAGAUGUCCGAUGCUGGCAUGCAUAGUUCCGGGCUCCUGCUAGAGAAUGUGCAACACGUCCCUGAAAUGGUGUUAGAGCCCACUUGGGAUGAGCCGCAUGGUAACACAGCAGUGCAGGCAGCAAGGGAGCAAACUGCCAGUGCAUGGAGCACAGAGGCUGUGGGGAGUUUGGUUUUGAGCGAUUCAGACCCGUUUGGAGCGCCCGAGGCACAAGCCAUGUUGUGGCACAGUGAUGGGCAUUUCACUGCUGCUGGCAUGUCUGGCAUCUCGGGCUGUGUUGAACAACACCAUCAGCAGCAAUCAGCAGCAGCACUACCAGCAGCACUAUCAGGAGAAGCUGCCACCACUGCCGCAACCACAGCACCUGCAGGAGUCUCAGCACCACUACCAGGAGCAGCAGCCACCACUUCCGCAGCAGCAGCAGCACUAUCAGAAUCAGCAGCCGCGAUUGCCGCAACCACAACAGCAGCAGUCCCAUCAGCAGCAUUACCAGGAGCAGCAGACACCACUGCCACAAACACACCAACAGCAGCAGCACUAUCAGGAGAAGCAGCCACUGCUGCCGCAACCACAGCAGCAGCACUAUCAGCACCAAUACCAGGUGCAGCAGCCACCACUGUCGCAACUACAUCAGCAACAGCACUAUCAGCAGCACUACCAGGAGCAGACACCACUGCCACAACCACAGCAUCAGCAGGACUAUCAGCAGCACUACCAACAGCAGCAAUCACCACUGCAGCAACCAAAGCAGCAACAGCACUAUCAGCAGCACUACCAGGAGCAGCAUUCACCACAGCAGCAUCAUUACUAUCAGCAGCACUUCCACGAGCAGCAGCCACCACGACAACCACAGCAGCAACAGCAAUAUCAGCAGCACAACCAGGAGCAGCACCCACCACAAACACACCAACAGCAGCAGCACUAUCAGGAGAAGCAGCCACUGCUGCCGCAACCACAGCAGCAGCACUAUCAGCACCAAUACCAGGUGCAGCAGCCACCACUGUCGCAACUACAUCAGCAACAGCACUAUCAGCAGCACUACCAGGAGCAGACACCACUGCCACAACCACAGCAUCAGCAGGACUAUCAGCAGCACUACCAACAGCAGCAAUCACCACUGCAGCAACCAAAGCAGCAACAGCACUAUCAGCAGCACUACCAGGAGCAGCAUUCACCACAGCAGCAUCAUUACUAUCAGCAGCACUUCCACGAGCAGCAGCCACCACGACAACCACAGCAGCAACAGCAAUAUCAGCAGCACAACCAGGAGCAGCACCCACCACAGCAACCGCAGCAGCUGCAAUCUCACCAGCAAUACCAGGAGCAGCAGCCACUGCUGCCACAACCACAGCAGCCGCAGCACUAUCAGCAGCAGUACCAGGUGCAGCAGCAACCAAUGCCGCAACCACAGCAGCAGUAGAACUAUCAGCAGCAGUAUCAGGAGCAACAGCCACGACCGUUGCAACCAGAGCAGCAGAAGCACUAUCAGCAGCACCACCAGGUGCAGCAGCCCCCAAUACCACAACCACAGCAGCAGCCGCCACCACUGCUGCAACCACAGCAGCAGCUGCCACCACAGCUGCAACCACAGCAGCAGCAGCAGUCACCCCUGCCGCAACCACAGCAGCAGUACCAGGAGCAACAGCCACCACCGCUGCAACCACAGCAGCAGACGCACUAUCAGCAGCACCACCAGGUGCAGCAGCCCCCACUACCACAACCACAGCAGCAGCCCCCACCACUACCACAACCACAGCAGCAGCCGCCACCACUGCCGCAACCACAACAGCAGCCGCCACCACUGCCGCAUCCACAGCAGCAGCAGCCUCCACUGCUGCAAACACAGAAGAAGCAGCCUCCACUAGCGCAGCCACCCAAGAAUCCUCCACGUGCACAGCAGGGAAAGACGGCCCUGCAAUCCACCAGAGCCUCCUCUGA